CCAUUUCCUCUAUAUAACUUCUGUAUAUCCCUUGAAUCAAAUUCUUCAGUAAUCUGCAAAAUCAAUUACUACCAUCUUUUGCAAAAGAUAAUAAUUUUUCUAUAAAAAUGGCGUCCUUAAAAUCCCGUUUGGAGCACACUGUUACACCCACUGCCCUCAGAUCGUAUCUUGCAGAGUUCAUUUCCACAUUCUUCUUCGUCUUCGCUUCUGUUGGAGCCACAAUGUCCACGCUGAAAAUGAUGCCGGAUGCAGCAUCAAAUUCUUCCGGUCUGGUAGCUAUUGCAGUUGCAAAUGCCUUUGCAUUAUCAGUAGCAGUGUACAUUGCUUAUAAUAUCUCCGGUGGCCAUGUGAAUCCGGCUGUUACAUUUGGAAUGGCUAUCGGAGGCCACAUAAGCAUUCCGAUGGCCAUUUUCUACUGGAUUUCUCAGACCCUCGGCUCUGUCAUAGCUUGCAUUCUCUUAAAAGUGACCACUGUUGGACAGCACGUUCCAACGCACUCAAUUCCACAAGAAAUGACCGGUUUUGGUGCAGCCAUACUGGAAGGCGUGAUGACAUUUACAUUGGUGUACACAGUAUAUGCUGCUGCUGAUCCGAGGCGAGGUUCCAUGUCAAUAAUUGGCCCGUUGGCCAUAGGGCUGGUGUCAGGGGCUAACGUACUGGCAUCGGGACCUUUUACCGGUGGCUCAAUGAACCCCGCCUACUCCUUCGGUUCUGCACUUGUUGGAGGAAGUUUCAAGAAUCAAGCAGUCUAUUGGAUUGGACCAUUGAUUGGAGCAGCCACUGCAGGAAUUUUAUAUGAGCAUGUAGUUUUCCCUGCUCAACAAGAGCCUGAUUCAUUGAGGGGAAUUCCUCAUGGAGUUGAAUUUUAAUUAUUAACUAGAGAUUUCAAUGUACUUUUAUACUCUUCUAACUCAAUACUCAACAGAGUGAUGAGUAAUGUAACAUUACAUUCCAGUGACAAAAAUCUUUUUCUUGUGUUUUGAUAUAUAGUAAAACCUAGAUAAAUCUCAAAGUAGUCAAAGAUUGUAGACAUAAAUUAGCAUAGAAACCUGGAAAAAUUUAGAGAGAAUUAUUCAGAUUUAGUUACAGCAGUGGGCGGAGAGUCAGAAUCCAACGAAGCUCCAUCUCUUAAUACUAC